GAAAAUCCAAUAUGGCGCUGUCCAUGGCCAUGUAUAGUACUCAGCACUCGUAAUACAUCGCGAUACAGAUAAUAUUUGAAAACGUACCGAUAGUUAAUUUGAAGAUCCGUAGAUGCUGUUAUGUAAACGAAGCAAUCAUGAAUGCACCUUUAUUGAGAACAUUGAUUUUGCGAUUGGCGAAAAUAAGCAGUAGACCUAACGUUAGAAUCCGACCGACUUCCUCGGCAUGUUCGGCCAUGUCGGCGGCAUGUCCAACAUGUGUGACAUAUUAUAAGAAUCCACAACAAGCACGUUCAAGUUGCUUAUACCUUACUUCUCAGACAAGUGGUACCAGCAUUACCAGCCACUCAUUCUUUUCCAAAAAGAAAAGACCGCACUGCUUUGAGAUAGGAUCUGUAGGUCUUCACAGCAAAAACCUCCUUGGGCCAGAGUGUUGCCGCCAUUUCACAAACACCGUAAAUGGGUCGCUAGACUCCUUGACCUUUGAGACCAUGGUGGAGGACAUGUUGGAGAGUCUGUUGGACUUCUUUGAGCAGCUUGGAGAUGAAGAGAAUGUGCACACUGACUUUGAUGUCACAUAUUCGUCGGGUGUUUUGACCGUGCACUUUGGGCCUAACCACGGCACCUAUGUCAUCAACAAGCAGACACCCAACAAGCAAAUAUGGCUGUCCUCUCCAACAAGUGGUCCCAAGAGGUAUGACUUGAUGGGCAAUGACUGGGUGUACUCCCAUGAUGGUGUGCCAAUGCUCCGCCUACUAUCUGAAGAAAUCUCCACAAUACUUGGUAAAAGCGUCAACUUAUACAAAGUGAUCAAGCUGAAAGAGACGUGACACGGCCUUUUAUUGUAAUUUAUUAAAUAACAUUUGGAGGAAUGUAUACACAACAUUCUUACAUGUAUAUGUGAUUUGUUUUUAAUACCAUAUUUCAAGUUGUUCAAAUACAGUCCAUUUCUGUUACAAUAUGUAGGUAUACAGCCAUGAAUUUAGGAAAAAAACCAAGGAAAUUCCAAACCACACAAGACUUUGUACAGUGUUUUUCAGUUUGUAGCGACAUUCAUGAGAAGUAAAAAAAACGAGGAAAUCAGCAGGUCUGAGGAAAAGUUGCAUGCCUGUGUAUGAGAUAUGAGUUGUGAACCCGGACUUUUCUAGUUUACCCAACACUCAUGAUCCCUUGUUAUAUUGUAGUCAAGUCAGCGUGGUGGUGAAACUAUUAUAAGCAUGGUAGAAAAGUGUAGCACAAAUUGGACUCUGUGAAGGUACAAUGUACUGUAGAUGGCCCUUGUAGUCUACCGACAACAGACCAAUGAGGGACAUAUACAAUACAUUGUACACAUACGUUUAACCCUAACGUACAUGUACCUAAACCCAUCAAAAUCCACACCCCUGUUUUGGAGGAUUUCGGCGGAAUCAGGAUACCUCUAUAUUGAAAAAGUUGGGGGAUUUUGAUGGAUUUAGGAUUCAGGAUACCUCCAUAUUGAGCAGUUGGGGGACUUAGAUGGAUUGAUGGACUCCCGGCUAACUGUUGGAUUCUGAUGGACUCACUGGCUACCAACAUUUUUGCAUGGCAUUGGCGGAUUCAUGGUACUUUUUAGUAAGAAUACUUAAGGGGUUAGGGUUAAUGUGUGCACGACACAAAAGGGCAUAUACAUGUGGAUUAUUGUACAUUUCAAUAUUCACAAAUCUCAGUCACAAAGUCAGUCAUAAAUAGUCUACAUAUCUACUAACAUAGUUCCGAGUCCAUACAUAGGUGUUUCUUCAAAGGCAAAGGGAAUAUUGAUUUUGAUUGUAAGGAAGUUUCUUUUUCAAAGGAAUGUGAGCAUGGUUUCUUUUUGUCUAAACUCAAGUGUUCCAAGCCAGUGUAACAAGUUGUUCAUUCAAUAAAAGGAAGUAGACUGGAACAAUUUUA